CUCACAUCGUAACCAAACACAUAACAAAAAAACACUCUACAAUGGCAAGGAUGAUGAUGAUGAAAGCUCUAUGUAUGAUGGUGGCUUUCAUGGUGGUGGUUGCCCCCUAUGCGGAGGCCCUGUCUUGUAGUGAUGUGGUUAGCAAGUUGAGUCCAUGCAUAAACUACUUGCAAAAUGGUGGUUCAGUACCCACUGCUUGUUGCAAUGGCGUUAAGGGACUGAAUGCGGCUGCAAAAUCAACAGCGGAUAAGAAGACGGCAUGCGGUUGCAUGAAGAAUGCUUAUCACUCUAUGUCUGGCAUCAAAGCCAACAUCGCCUUAGGCCUUCCCAAAAAGUGCGGCGUACACAUUCCUUACAAGAUCAGCAUGAGCACUAACUGCAACAACAUAAAAUGAGCCCUAGGUUGAACGGAUGAAGAUGCAAAUCUGGCGUUGGGAGAGUUAAAAGCCAUCAAAUAAUUAAGUAAUGCUAAAAUAAAAAUGAAAACAAAUCUUGUUUUCAUUUUUAAAGGGUUAAAAGUGUGUAUGCUCAUUUGCUUUUUAUUGUCUUUCAAUAACAUAUAAUGUUUUUUUGUUAAUUAUGAUAUAAUAAAAUUUGGUUUAUCUCA